GGUUAGGUCGGCCGACCAGGCCCAAUGCAAAAACCCGACCCAUCGGAUUUGGGUUGAAGGAAAUUUUGUACAUCUUUCAUUUUUGUAUUCUGAAAAAUAAGAUGUUAAGAAAAAAGGAAUAACACUACUUUCAGGUACCACUAUGUCAUUAAACUAUGCUUGUACAUUGCUGGAAUACUGCUUAAUUACUGGUUUGGAUUGGAAUGAUUUGCUUCUGUGCCUGAGGCCGUCUAUUAUCGAAAGUCUGUGUGACCGUUUAGACUCUUCUUAUAACAGACAACCACUAGCGACUCAACAGUAUCAUUACAUACGGUUUUUGUGCAUAAAAAUUUCAUUGUAUAGGAUGCUUGCAAAUGGACAAGAUAAGGCGGCUGAUAUCUCGUCUUUACUCAUGGUAAAUUCUGUAGCUGCAGCGUUUAAAUCGUUACUAAGACCCUCAGAACUUAUUUCUCAAGAUAAAGGACCUGCGGAGAGUCUAACGAUAGUAAUCAAUGACGCUAUUGCUGACGUGGAUAAGAUCCUGCUGCACCUUGAUCCCAAGGAGUUCACUGUAGAGCCCAGUACUCUUCAAUCGUUACAACAGUUAAUUCAGUGGGUAGCUGAUUUAGCUCUAAACUUAUUGGUUCGACUUCCAGAGCAACGUAUGCAAACGAAGUCUAGUGGCUAUGAACUAUUAAAGGAUUACAAAGCUUUAAAUACAGUUCGUGAAUUGUUGGUCAUCAUUCGAAUUUGGGGUCUAUUGCGUUCCUCAUGUUUGCCUGUCUUCCUUCGAAGCGUCGACAACUUAGACGUGCUAGCUUUACUCUUUAGACUCUUGUCAAAACUGGUUCCCCCUAAUGGCGAUGCACAGCAAAUUGACGACAGCUUAAUUGAUGAAUGCUGUUUACUUCCGAACCAAAUACUUAUUCCACAAUUACACCAGCCGAACAAUAUUACGGAAAUCGCAUCACCAGCUUUGUCUUACCAGAAUCUCCCUCUUCAGUUAGAGUAUGGAGUGGAACCUGAGCAGUUAUUGUUCGUUUCUGAACUAAGUCCAGUCGAAGGAUGCAUGCAGAGUGGGCAAACCGUGGACAUAAUCAGGCAUUUGUACCUUGGCAAGAAACCUCUUUUUGUAAAGCAGUGCACAAGAUGUGGCGGUAAGGCUCAAGUCUACAAUAUGACAAGAACGGCUGCAAUACGAGCUUGGGACCAAAGAUGGGCGUGCUCCUGUAGAUGUGGUGGUUUGUGGCGUAUCCACAAACACAUAUCUUAGAUGGUAAAAUAGAUUGUAAAUUUUCUUACGAAUGUACACACAUGUAAUAUAAAUUAAUCAAGAAAAAAAUAGAAUUAUAAGCCUCAUAUUAUUGCAUGGAUUAUUUAAGGAAACACAUGAAAAUUCAUGUCUGCAAUUAUUAUUCUGUAUAUUUUUUCUGAAUAAUACAAAUUUCGUGCAACCUGCAAGUGAUAAUUGCACUAGAAGGUCUCUAAAACUCUCUUGGCGCACAAUUUUUCACAUUAUAAUGAAAUGCUUGUGAUCGCUGUAGCCUUUAUAGUAAAGAACAUGUCGAUUAGGAAAUUAGACUAAAAAAGAAUACAUUAUUUCCCGUUAAACUUCAUAUAAAAUGCGUUUGGUGAGCGAAUCCGGUUAAAUUACAUAAACAACUGGAAGUACUUAAUUCUUAGAACACGUUAAAAAAUAAAGUUGUAAUUAUUUUAACUAAAUCAGCGAAUUCAUCUACUAAGAAGUGUUAAUAUUUUUAAUUCAGUGAAAACUGUAAGAAGUUAGCUAAACAAUAUAGGAACAUUUAAGAACUUC